UUUCUGAUAUACCACAUAAUACUACUGACCCUAUACAACACCCUACAACUACUCAAUAUGAUCGUUCUCAAUCAGUUUCUUCUAAUGUACUAUAUAAUUUCACUGCUUCUCAAACAAUGCUAUAUAAAUUCACUAAUCCUUAA